GGAGGGGGUUGGGGUAAGAGGCAUGGGAGGGUCUCAUUUAGACAGGGCCCCAGGACAACUUCUCAGGGGCAAAGCAGGUUUCCUUGCCCUGUUGACCAGGGGAAGCAAAGUUUCUCCCAACUGACUGAACUGGGAUAAUAUUCACGCAUGUCAGGUCACCUCAGGGAUCAGUUCUUUCUGGGGCUUGCUGUGGUAGAAAGGUUACAACAGUCCACCAGGAUUUGUUUAUGGGAGAUUGAGGAGAACAAAGUUUGAAACAGAAGUGAAUGUACCCGUGUGCUUCUGGGGGAAAGACCAGCAAGGUGGUGAACAGCAGCUAGCAGCAACACUGGGAAGGGCGUUGACAACAUGGACUAUGAUGAUGAUGAUAUUGAUGAAUUACUUGAACUUAAGCAAGAUGAGACUGAACAAGCAAACGAAGAGAGUGAUUCUAAUGAAGAAGAAAUCAUCUGUGAGGUAGAUUCUUCUCCUAUCGAUGAAAAAAAUAAAAACAAAAUUGAGAACUAUGAAACAGAUCUGGAACUGGAAGACCCGGAGAAGUUUUUCACUACAGGACAAGAGGAACUAUAUCGAGAAGCCUGCAAGCUUAUAGGAGUGAUUCCUGUCUCCUACUUUAUCAGAAACAUGGAGGAAACCUACAUGAACCUCAAUCAUCAUGGGCUGGGGCCUAAGGGAACCAAAGCCAUUGCUGUUGCCCUAGUGUCCAAUACAACUAUUACCCGCCUGGAGUUAGAAGACAACUGGAUCUUAGAAGAUGGUGCCUUGUCCCUGAUGCAGAUGCUGCAUGAGAACUACUAUAUUCAAGAAUUGAAUGUCUCUGGCAAUCACUUGGAUUCCAAAGGAGCCAAAAUUAUCACAGAUUUUCUCACAGAAAAUACUUCUUCACUUUGGUCUAUUCAGCUUGCAGGGAAUGACUUCAAGGAUGACACAGCCCCAAUGUUCUGUAAUGCACUUACGGCUAAUUACCGAAUCAAGGUCUUGGAUCUCAGUCACAAUUUCUUUUCUGAGAAAGGAGGAGAGCAGUUGGGACAAAUGCUGGCCUUCAAUGAAGGUCUGCAGACACUGGACCUUAGCUGGAAUCAACUGCACUUGAAAGGAGCUGUGGCCUUGAGUAAUAGUCUCCGGGUUAAUAUCACACUGAAGACUUUGAACCUUUCCUGGAAUGGCUUUGGUAAUGAAGGUGCUCAGGCCUUAGGGGAUGCACUCAAAAUCAAUGCUACUCUGGCCUACCUGGAUAUCAGCAGCAACCAUAUAUACAAUGAUGGGGCCAUCAAGCUGGGCAAGGGACUAGAGAUCAAUGAAACCCUCAGAAUUUUGAAGAUGUCCCAAAAUCCUGUGACUAUGGACGGGGUACUUGCAAUGGUCAUGUCUGUCAAGAGGAACCCCAAAAGCAGGUUGGAGGAGAUGGACGUUUCAAAUGUCUUGGUGACUGAAGGAUUUGUGAAACAACUAGAAGGAGUCUUUGUUGUUCAUCCUGAGCUAGAUGUGCUCUAUGGUGAAGUGGUGGGCACCAUCAGCAAAACAGUCUCAUUACCAGUUGCCUUUAACGUGAUCAAGGCUUAUGUGGAAAAGAACAAAACCAACAUGCUUGAAUUCUUCAAGUCCAUAAAUCAUCUUGGAACAUCGAAGAUGCCUGUGGCAGAAUUCCGGAAAGCCUUGACAAUACAAAACAAAGUCCAUUUGAACAGACCACAAAUCAGAGAAUUAGUCAAGAAACUGGAUCCGUAUGAAACAGGGAUAAUAGACUACAGCACAUUAGAAGAUAUGCACAAGCCAGGGCCCCCAAAACAAUCGACUUAAUACCGAAGAGGAGAAACUAAGAGGAAGCAGGAAACCAAAGAAACGAGGAACACUAAAACCUUCUGGACAACCUCUGAGUCAGGCCAAUGAAAAGAUGAGAUCUUGGAACUAAGAAAUAAAACAUGAUAUCAUUUUAA